AUGCCUGGACAAGCACGUCCACCAGGUGUAAGUAAUUUUUAUAUCUACCAGCCUGCCCAUGGAGCGUCAAUUGCAUUUGCCAUACUAUUCACGAUCUCUGGGACCGGUCACAUCUGGCAGAACAAUCUCAAGUAUCGAUCGUACCGGAUCGGCUUCCUCCUACCAUGGGCUGCCUUUCUAUUCACAGCUGGAUUUACCCUCCGCGAAUAUGGCAGCUACAACACCGACAACCUAGGCGUCUUCAUCGCAUCGCAAGUGCUACUUUUCAUAGCACCACCUGUCUACAAUGGUGCUAACUAUUUCAUCUUCGGCCGAGCUCUCUACUACCUGCCCUACCUAUCCUUGAUCCACCCCGGCCGGGUAUGGACUACAUUUGUUGCCCUUGAUGCAGCGGCAGAUGUCGUCGCAGCGAAUGGAGUGGUGAGGGUAGCCAACGCCAGAGCAGAACCAUCUGCAAUCAAAGCCGGGCUUGAUCUGGUCAAGAUCUCUCUGUUCCUGUUGAUGGGGAUGUUCUUGGCCUUCAUGGCACUGAACAUCCACUUCCACUAUCGAGCAGUCAAAGCAGGUGUCUUCAACUACAAAUUAAAGGUCAUCAUGUACGAGCUCUACGCCUCCAACCUUCUGAUUCUCCUGCGAAACUGCUUUCGAACAGCCGCAUUCUUCUACCCAUGGCAUUCGCUAGCGAACGGCAAAGAGUGGCCAUUGUGGGUCUUCGAGUUUGUGCCGAUGGUUGUUAAUACCUAUCUGAUGAAUAUCUAUCCACCUGCAAAAUACCUUCCAGCGAACCAUAAGAUUUACCUUGCCAUGGACGGGAAAACAGAGCUUGAGGGUCCAGGCAUGGUUGACAAGAGGCAUUUUCUAUGGACUCUGUUUGAUCCUUUUGACAUCAAAGGGAUUGUGCAAGGAAAAGAUCAGAAGAACAGAUACUGGUUAAGCGAUGGUAUUGGUGGUCCUUUGAUUGAGGCACAAUCCAGUGGAGCGGAACUGUCUGUGAUUCACCAAGGUGGGCAGACCGUGAAGACUGAGGCAUAG